GUCUGACUAAACUUAAUCACUUAAUAAAUAGAAUAGAUGUUUCAUUUCAUUGAAUUUUGAAAUUGAAAUCAUUGUCAAUGAUUGUCACAGAUUGUUAGAUAAGUCAAGCUUACUCUCAGCUAACUCAGCCUACUGAAUUCGCCAUCGUACUCAUUCAUACAAUGAAAAAAAAAAUGAAUACAAAUUUUUGUUUUUAUUCACCUACUGUUAACUGAUGUAUAAUUAAUUUAAGAUCAGUCGGAUUUGAUUAUUAAUAAAUAAUACUAGGGGUGAGUGGCUAAACUUAAGAUUUAAUUCAUUUAAUUCAAGUAGCCUACUCAAUUAGACUAAAAUUUUAAAUGUCAAUUUUGUGAGUGGCUAAGAUCUAAGUCUUAACAGGCUUAACUGGUCUUAGUCUUAACUGUUACAAUUAAUAUUAAUUAUUAAUAUACUAUUUACAAUUAUUAUUUUAUCUUUAAUAUUAUUUAGCCAGUGUCACGUGUCUACACGUCCAGCGACCGGACAAAUAGUGCGGGAGAUAUUCUUCCAGCGGGCAUGUCACGUUACCACCUGACGACUAGUAUGUGUUAUUAUUCCAGCAGACAUGUCAUGUGACAAGAGGUCGCCUGCAAAAUUAAAAAAAAAAUUCUGUUAUCUUGGUUUAAAUAUCUUAUAAAGCUCUCCCUAGUAGCCUAAAUAUUAAAAUAUGAACCAAAGAAAAUAAGACGAAUACUUGCCAAUUGACUGAGACUGUCAAUAGAUCUAUUGUCAAAAAAAGUUUUAUUUUAGGCUCUUAAAAUAUGGCAUGACAAGUAUGCUAUCCCCAUCAGAUCACCAUAUUAUAUUGGCCUUAUUAGCCUUAUAUUAAGAUGUAGGGUCCUUUUCUUUGUGAACUUUCUAGCUCCCCGCCUUAAUUAUUUAUCACCUUCACUAUCAUUCUUAUCCUUUCUCUCUCUCUCUCGUCUCCCUUUCCAAAUCCAGGCGGUGCAUUCACUUCUCAGCAUCACACUGGAUACUCCGCUUUGUCAUAAAAUUAAAGUAGACUUAAAUUCCCCCCCCCCCCCCCCCACUUAUUUCUUGAAAUGAAGUGUAUACUCGUCGCCCCCAUGCAUCUCCGACGCCAGUUUUAUGAUCGACUAUUAGCGGUCACGUGACACGGCUGACGGACAGAUAUCUGGCCCAACUUUUGUUAUGGUGGUCAUGUGACCUGGUCGCCGGACAAAUAUCUUGAGAAAUUUUCGUCCGGUUGCCGGACAUGUAGACACUUCGUAUUAUUUAAGUUAUUAGUUUAAAAUUUUAUUAAAUUAUUAUUCAGUUAAAUUGAGUUAUAGAAGUAAUUGUCCAGUGAGAUAAUGAGACCUACAGUUUAUUAUUAAGAUUUAUGGCUAUUUAAUAAUUUAUAUGAUAUAAAUAUAUUUGGCCAGUUGAAUAGUGCCAGCUACUGGUUAGGCCUAUUCAAUACUGCCAUUGAAUGUUAUUGACUUAGUCUUAGUUGGCUAAUUGAAUUUAUCAGUCAAGUUCAAAUUAAUUAGCCUGUCUAAUACUAAUUGUUCAGAUUUUAGUAUUAUUGGUAGUAAAUAAAUUGAUUACAUCAAGUUCAAAAACCAAAAAAUUAACAAUUCACAUUUAAUAUCGAUAAUAUGCAGGCUUAUGCUUGUUUAAGCAUUUUGUAAUGUUAAACAUUCUUUGUAAAUUGUAAGCAAUGACUGUGAUCGUAAAAUUGGUAUCAAAUUCAGUUUUUGUGAGACCACUGUAGUACAAUUUGCUGCAUAGGCCUAGGCUUUGAUGUCUUCUAAUUCAACAGUUCAGCCAAUCAUCAUUUAAUACAAACUUGGAAUCAUGGUGAAUAUAAAAGGAGAAGUAGAUUAUAAGCUUCCUAAAAGGAUGAAGAAAAGAAGGCAGCUGGAUGCUUUGGUAGAUACUAUGAAACUGCCUCGCAGUCGCAAAAACAGUUCAAGUGCCCAGGAGUUACUUGAUUAUCAGUCAGAUUCAUCAGAAAUUGAUGAAUUUUCACUUCCACCUCCAAAUUCAAAAAGAAAAAAGUAAUUUGAUGUUUUUCUGCAAAUUUACAUUACUAAUUAUUUAUAUAAGGAAUAGUAAACGGUAGGGAACAACUGGAAAUUGCUUUGGACAUUCGCCAUUGUCGAAUAUCCCUUAAUUUUUCCAAGUACAAGUCUCGGGAAUUGGGGUCUUUUAUGCAUCUAUCAAUAGUAAUUUUUAAAAAAAAAUGGAUUCAGAUAAUGAAGUUGAUAGCAAUUUAGAUGUAAUUAUAGAUAAAUAAUCUGUUAAUCAUGCCAGCUGUAGUAUUAGUAAUACAGAUUCUUGCAUUUAAAUUAAUGAAACAAAAUCAAUAUCCGACUUUACAAAGUUAUUUAGUUCAUCGUCUAUAACAUUUUUUACCAAACUCAUGUGGAUGGAUGUUGGUGUUUUUUUUCACUCUAUGUGGAUAUCAAGUGUUAAAAUUAAGGGCUCACAUUAUAUGGAGUUUUUAUAAAUUUUUCAAAACUGGCCUACUGAAUGCCUAUGCAAUCAUUCAGCAAUUGAGAGUGCAUAAUAUCUGUGCAUAACACCAGUAAUAUUAGUAGCACCCCUUUGAAGUGAUAUUAGCAUAGUUGUAUUGGUAUGACAGCAGUUUAUUUUAAAUACUAUAAUAAUGUAACAAAUUUUGACAUUUAAAAAAAAAAAAAAUUUUUUUUCGUUACUUUGUAUUAUAUUUUUAUUAGAUCAACAUUGCAUUAUACGUAGAGAUGGAAUUAUAUGUGGAACGUGUUAUUAUACGCUGUAAUAUACAGUAAAUAUAAUCUUGAAUAAUGUAAAAAUAGUAUUCGGACUCAUACCCGGAUUUGGCAUAUAGUAGUCCUAAAAAGCUAGGAUUCGCUACCCAGUAAAUAUUCCAGUUGUUCCCUAGUGAACAGUUUAAAAAAAUUAUUUUUAAUUGAAAUAUAUAAAAAAUAAACCUAAAAUCUAAAAUUAAAUCAAUUUCACUAAGGUUGCAAAAACUUCAAUUUAAUUAAAUAGUACUUCUCAAUAUGUAAUAAAGCAAUCCAUUACACUAGAAAACACCUUAAUUUGUUAAAAAGAUUAAAAAAACGUUUCUUGUGAAAAACUAAUUUAAAAAAAUCUUCCUUAAAACCAACUCAGUCGAUGUUGUGUCUGUCAGAGCAUGAUAGCAAGAAUCAGUCUAUUUAUAAUCUCCAUGGCAUGCCUUACCACCUGUGUUGGUCUAAUAUGGGUGCAGUGGCACAUAAGGCAUGAACUCAAUACACUAAGGAAUCAAGUACAUGCAGGUAGAUUUUUUCUGCUCUCCUGCAAAAUGAUUUGUUUUAAUUUAAAAGUUGCAUAUUUUAGAUGAUCCUCUGUUAUACAAAUUAUUCAGAUUUUUUUUCUUGUUAAUAAAAUUAAUUCCUUUUUGUAUUAUAAGCAAUUCAAAAUUAUUAAUGUUUUAAGUUGGAAAUAUUUUCAUUUGGAGUACAAGUGAGGACUUGGCUGUUACUAAGAUAAUUUAAUGUACUGUUUGAUUAGCGUUGUAUUCAUUUAGUAUCCUUUGGUUUUGUAUGAAUGCAGUUUUUUAAUAAGUUUUUAUAACUGUAUUAAACAUCUCUGUAGAUUUUUGCAGUGAAUAUGACAUCAAAAAGGCAUGUUUGAUACAUUUGAUUUUUCUAGUCUAAGUUGUCUGCCUCUUAUGAAUUUUGUAUUGAUUACUGAAAUUAUCAAAAAUUCUCAAAAUUACCCUAAAAUAGUAAUACAAUUUUCCCCAAUUUUUUGGGGUUUAUGUGGUAACCAAGAUAAAAAUAAGUACUGGACACAUGAAGCCUGAAAGAAAACAAAAUCACAUUUACUGACAUAUUGUUCAAAAUUAACCAUUAAAACUUUUUAAAUCAAAUAUUCAAUUGUAAAUUAAUAAUUUUUUAGCAUGAAACUUAACAAAAUUAUUGUUUUUGGAUUUUUUCUUAUUCAAAUAUAUGUUCGUCUUUUGAAUAUAAAUUGGCAUAAAUUGAAUGCAUCUUUGUCCUUAACUGUAGAAAAAGUAACUACAAUACAUUCUUUUUCAGGUACAUUGCUAAAAGAAGCCUGUCUUAUGUGUGUCAAAUUUAAAACUGACUAAAAAAUAAAGUAUUUAAAACAAUCUUUAUAAACUCAGUGGAUUGUCUAAAACCAAGCUUGUGUCUCAUUCAGUCCCAUAUGUUUUGAAAAUUGCAGAUUAAUAGGAAAGAUUAAGCUUCAGGAAUGCUUACCAAAACCUAAGCUUACCUCAAGCAAAAGCCUAACUGCUAAUUUAAGUAAGAGUCUUUUUUUUGGAGUAUUCAAAUAUAUUAUUUUGAACUUUGCAAAACUAAUAGUCAAUUUCCAUGUUUUCACCAGUGCAAACAUCUGAUAAAGAUACACCUGACAUGAUCAUGAAACUGCAGACCCAAAUAAGUAUG